AUGACCGCGCUUAAGAUGGAUGUGGAUGAGUGUUUAGAAGAAGCCAGGUCCUGUGAGGCUGUCGGAGAGUGUGUUAACAACAUUGGCUCCUAUACCUGUACCUGCCCCAAGGGAUAUCGACAGAUCAACGGCACUAGCUGCAGAGAUGUUGAUGAGUGUGUGGAUGAGCCAGAGCUUUGUUACCCAAAUGGCGAGUGUCUCAACACAGAGGGAUCCUAUCUGUGUGUGUGUGAGAGUGGAUUCACUGUCAACCUUGACACACCCUCCUGUGAUGAUAUUGAUGAGUGUGGGCUCAAUGAGACACUGUGUGGCCCUCAUGGCUUCUGUGAGAACAGACUGGGCUCCUUCCAAUGCCUCUGUGACCAAGGCUAUCAGGAGUCCCAGGAUGGUCAAGGCUGUGUGGAUGUUAAUGAGUGUGAGUUGCUGAGCAGUGUGUGUGGCGAAGCCCAGUGUGUGAACGUUGAUGGUACCUUCCUCUGCAUAUGUCCCAGUGGCCAGGACUAUAACAUCAUGAUUGCCAAGUGUGAGCCCGUUCCCACAGUGUCAUCAGUGGAGCGUAAGGAGUGUUACUAUCGUCUGAACGAUGAAAACCUGUGUGAGAGUGUGCUGACCAGCCAUGUCACCCUUCAGGAGUGCUGCUGCACGCUGGGAGCCGGCUGGGGUGACAACUGUGAGGUGUAUCCCUGUCCUGUCAAUGGUACAGGGGGUGGAAGCUUCGAUUUCAAUACCCUCGACCUUUCCUUCCAGUGCCACCCUCCAUACGCCACUGCUGGUAAAACUGCAGACAGCUCAGGUCAGAGGUCACAGGUCAGGGACCAGCACCCUGAACUGGAGGAAAUUCAGUAG